UACGUGGCACACAUCGUCGGAAAACCAGAUUCAGGAAUCGGCGCUCGGGGUAAGGCCUCAAUGCUGCCCCGGCUCCGCGUUCUGAGCUCCCCGCUCCGUCUCCUCUCUGGCGGCCCCCCGCUCCCGCCUCGCUCCAUCAGCGGCGGCAGAGCAGCAGCAGCAGCGACGUCGGCGGCGUCAUCAGCCACCAUGGACCGCGUGCGCGUGAGACGCGUGCACGGCGAGGACACCAUGACCGUCGCCUUUCCCUGGGGGGACGAGGGAGACAAAGGCGGCCGGCGCCAGCGCCAGUUGCAGCGGUCGCAAGCGGAGGCGCUGAGCCGGGUGCUGGCUCGGAUAGCCGGCGGGGACAGGAAGGACAAGAAGGCGGCGCAGGCCUUGGCCAAGAAGCGGAAGGGCAAGAAGAUCGAUGAGACGACGGGAGAGGAGGGGCAGCAGGGGCAGCAGCAGCAGGGGCAGCUCGAGGCGAGGCUCCUCUACCAAGGCAACCCCGUGGACCCGGCCACCCCGAACGUGGUAGCGUGGAGAGACGGCGCCGUGCUGGAGAUCGGCGGUCGCCGCUUCGCCGUGGACGUGAACGUGCCCGCCGUCACCUCGCUCUCGCUGCCCGCCGCCAUCAUGGCGGGCUUCCCCGUCUUCCCCAGGAUCGAGGUGGAGUUCGGGAACGCCCGCGCCGCCGAGAUGCGAUGGUCGUUGGAGGACGCCGGCGAGGGGGAGAAGGAUGGAGGCGAGGUGGCGGCGGAGGAGGAGGAGGGAGGGCUGGAGGUGGUGUGCCGGGACGCGGUGUUCACGCCUCACGCGGGGCACGUGGGCAAGAGACUGCGGCUGCGAUGCGUCCCCAAGGAUGGAGAGAGGUGCGGGGACCCCGUGGAGGCGACCUCGCCGAACCUCGUCGAGGCUGGGCCGGGCCCGUGCCUCUGCGACCCGCGUCAUGCCUACACGAGGCUCCGCGCGGGCCGCGGCCGCCUGCGCGCCGUCUCCUACAACGUGCUCGCCGACGUGUACGCGCAGACGGAGGUGGCGCGCACGGCGCUCUUCCCCUACUGCCCCACGUACGCGCUCGGCCUCGACUACCGCCAGAACCUCCUGCGCAAGGAGCUGGCCGCCUACAACGCCGACGUCGUCUGCCUCCAGGAGGUGGACAAGAACGUGUUCGCGGAAGGGCUUAGGCCCGUCAUGGAGGAGCUCGGCAUGGAGGGAAUGUACCGCAUGAAGGAGCGUCAGAAGGAGGGGCUUGCCACGUUCUUCCGAAGCGACCGCUUCCGCCUUGUGUCGCGGCACGACGUGACACUGGCCGUCGCGCUGCAGGGCGACCCUGCGCACGAGGAGCUGCGUCAAGCCCUCCAGAAGAACCCGCGGCUCUUCCGCGUGCUCACGCGACUCGCCACCGAGCUACAGGUGUCUGUUCUGCAGUCGCUGGAGGACGAGCGCAGGAGGUUGAUAGUGGCCAACACUCACCUCUAUUGGCACCCCAAAGGCUCCCACGUGCGUCUCAUCCAGGGCGCCGUUGCCCUGCGCCACCUGGAGCUGCUGGUGUCCUCGCUGGCACCGCCCGCCCCCGCCGCACCGCCGCCGCUCCUCUUCUGCGGAGACUUCAACAGCUUCCCAUCGUCGGGCCUUGUCCAGCUGCUGACCACCGGCCACGUCGGCGCCAGCCACCCGGACUGGAGCGCCAGCACGGUGCCGGCCGAAGACGACGAUGUUGACGGGGCGGAGGAGACGGAAGCCGGUGCUGCUUCCUCAAACGAGAGCGACGGCGGCGACGACGGCGGGAUUUGCGGACGGGCGCCGGUCGCCCUGGAUCUCCGGCACGAGCUGGCGCUGUACAGCGCGUCCGGCGAGCCGGAGUUCACCAACUUCGUGGCCGGGUUCCGCGGCUGCAUCGACUACGUACUGGCAUCGCGCGCGGCACUCGCGACGGAGGCGGUGGUGCCGCUGCCAGGCCUGGACGAGGUGCAGACGCACACGGCGCUGCCCAGCGUGGCGCACCCGUCCGACCACCUCGCGCUCGUAUGCGACCUGCGCUUCUGCGAUUGAGGCUUUGGUGAUGCUGGCUCCGAUUGAUAGCGCUUUUGUGACUGUUAGUGAUGUCUCCAGCCAUGGCACUGGUGUUGGCUGCGGUGGUUUCGGCGACGGAAGUGGAGCCGCCGAUGGAGCCGGCGGUGGUGAAGCCAGCGGUGGCAGCAGUUGAAGCCAGCGGUGGCAGCAGUUGCGGUGGCAUGGGUGGUGGUGAAGCCGGCAGUCGCAGCGGCGGUGGUGAAGCCGGCGGUGGCAGCGGCAGUGGCGGUGGUGAAGCUGGCUGUGGCAGCGGCGGUGAGGCUGGCGGUGGUGGUGAAGCUGGUGGUGGUGGAGCCGGUGGUGGCGACGAAGGAGCUGGUGGUGGAACUUGUGGUGGCGACGAUGGAGGCAGGGAAUGGAGCUGGUGGUAGUGGUGGUGGAGCCGGUGAUGGAACUGGUGGAGCUGGUGUUGAACCUGGUGACAGCGACCAUGAAGAGCCGGGGAUGGAGCUGGUGGUGGAACUGGUGGCGGUGACAAUGGAGCAGACGGCGGCGCUAUCAUUGGUAUCACUGCUGCCAUCACUCGCGUCAAUGGUGCUCACAAUCGCACAGCCGGUGCUAUCUCUCCCGCGACUCGUCCUAUGACUCGAGAUGCUGGCACACUCGCAGUGGCAUUCCCACUCGCACUGUGAGUGACCUUCCUGCCAUCGUCAUCUCCACCACCGGCGUUAUUGGUCCCCUUGUUGUCAAUAGCACCCGAGUCAUUAACACUAUCGGUGACUUUGGUCACGCGAUUGCUCACACCAGGUACCCUUUCAGUAACCUUCCUGCCAUCAUCACUCGCACCGGUGGCACUGUCACUGACCUCCAUAACGCUAUUGCUCGUACUACUGUUGAUAUUAAUGACCUUUUUGCUAGCAUCACUCCCAUUACUCGCGCUUUCGGUAACCUUGGUGCCACUAUCAAUGACAUUAUCCCAAUCGGAGUCUUCAUCGGUGACGCCAUCGUUGGUGCCUUCACUUGGGCCAUCGCUGGCGCUCUUGUUGGCGCCGUCGCUGGUGCCAGGAAUGGUGGCGCCAGACAACACUGUCGUGUUUGCACGUCUCUACCAGCUAACCUAGCGGACCGUGCAAAACGCAUUGUUGUUCAGAAUGGUGUUGAGCCACCUCGCCAGAUCAUGGAGGGCGGCAUGUGCAGGACUAAUAAAUCCCGUCACGUGGCCUGGA